CACACGGGCCGGCACGUGGGGCCCCCAACGCAACCUGCCCAGGUCUCCCUCUGGCCGCAGAAGGGGCCGCUGGGGGGCUGGGCCUGUGCCCCAAGCUCCCGGGCACAGCUCGCCAGGCCCGGCCCCACGCUGAGCUCCCCGUGCAGCGAGCCUGGGCCAGCCCGGCGCCCGGCAGAGCCCCCCACAGCCCCAGGAGGGAGGUGAGCGCCGCCCUGCUCAGGCUGACAGGACACGAGGCUGGUUCAUUUUCUCCAGCGUCGCUCAGGCUCUCACUAGCACUAGGACCCUUGAGCGCUUCACUGGGGCUCUGCGUUCCCUACUAGGAGUGUACAAAUGUCACCACUCUCCCCACAACAGCUGUACAAUGCCAGGUGCUCGAGCCUGACUGGCCUGCUUAAAAAUAGCCACAACCCCGUGCUCUGGGGGAAUGCCACAGAGAUGGCUGCCGCUGCCUGCCACCCACCCACCCGAUUCCACCACGUCCAUGGCACCAACAUCUGCAUCGACCCCUCGCACACUCAGGCCACCCGGGUGGAGAGCUUUGCCAACGGGCUAUGUUUCAGCCAGGAGCCCCUGGAGCCUGGGCAGAUCUUCCUAGUGGAGAUUGAGGAGAAGGAGCUGGGCUGGUGUGGCCACUUGCGGGUGGGGCUAACAGCACAUGACCCAAGAAGCCUGGAUGUGGUGCCCGAGUAUUCGCUCCCAGACCUGGUCAAUAUGGGGGACACCUGGGUUUUUGCCAUCACCAGGCAUCACAACCGUGUUAUUCCAGAUGGCUCGGAGGCUCGGGUCCAAGGCUUCCUCUCAGACCCCUACCUGCUCAUAGAACAAGUCAGGAUUCCCCGAGACAAGCUGGUGGGACGGAGCAGGCCCAGCCAGUACAGCCACGUGCUGGAUGACUUGUACAAGACAAAUGUGCUGCCCCCGACAGCCCGGAGGAGCAGGAUUGGGGUGCUGUAUGCCGUCCGAUCUGACGGGAUGGCAGACAUGCACAUCAUCAUCAAUGGAGAGGACAUGGGACCGAGUGCCAGGAGCCUCCCUGCCUCCCGCCCACUCUAUGCAGUGAUCGAUGUCUUUGCUUCAACCAAGAGCGUCCGUGUCAUCCAAGUGGAAUAUGGCUGACCCCAAUGCUUUAAUGAGCAACUUUGGUAGCAAGCAACCUCUCAUGUUAUUCCUGGACUGAACUACACCUUUUGUGGAGGGCCUGUGUCCAGCUCAGAAUGUGAAUCAAUAUCUUUUUCCCCGUCGGCCCUCUAGGCUGGAAGCUGUUGGGGGCAGGUGCAGUACCAGGCAAGUUGCCUCAGAAUGUUCACUAGGGCUUCGUAAGAUGGCUGGAACUGAUGCAGGAGGCAGACUCUGGCUCUUCUCUCACUUAAGGCUUCAGUGAUUUCUAUUUCUGCAAAGCUUUCUUAGCAUAUAAAGAGAAGUUUUACUGUUUAUUGGCCAGGAGACAGUUUGCAGAGGAAACAUAGAAAGAACAAGCUGCGGCCACUGGUGAUGCUUGUGGGUCACAAGGGAGAUUCAGGGCAAGUGGACAUGGGGAGGAAGAGAUUGCCGCAGAUAGCAACAGGGACACUUCUUACCUAGUCCCCUGGUCAUAACAGCCCGAGAGCCCAGUGCCUCCAAGUUAAGGUAAACAAACUAUUUGAAAAUACACCCAAGGUCAGACACAUCCUCUAAACAGUGGUAACAUGUUUGGACUCAGUACUGCUCUACUUAUAUCUCUGCCUCUGAUUGCAUCUCAAAUUCCUAGAAGUCACCAGCACUUAAGGCAGCCAUUUUACAGAGACAUUGAGCAAGAGUUCAGAUUAAUCAGAGCUGACGGGUUCUUAACCACAGGGCUGACACAAUGGCCAGACCAUUCCAGCCUUUGAACUCUCCGUGGCUCCUCCCCGAGAGGUAGUCAGGGGUGGGGCACUGUAGCAGGAUAACAUGGGGUGAGCAGGCCCUGCUGCUGCCUGGGGUGUAUGGUGGAUAGCGAAUUCACUCUCCAGGAUUCGCUGAAGACUUUUACCAGCGCCCAAUAACUCAAAGAAUUCAGAAAGAAAAGGUCUAGAAGCACACUGGAGAUUUUAUUUUUUCUGCUGAGUGUCGAGAGCCUUACAGGAAAUCUGCUGGGACCAUGUGGGGGGUGGGAUCAGAGCCUGCGGCCCAGCCGGAGCACUACUGCGAGGGAACAGAGAACGCACUGACUAAACCAGCUCUAACCAGUUAAUCAUAACACUGUUGUGAAACCAGUCUCUCUGGAAAACCCCAGCCAGACCUCAGAGGGAUCCAACAUUCAAUCCUGCUGUGUCUGCUAACUCAGGGACAGGAAGAGAUAGAGAGGAGGGCAGGGGAUAGGAAGUUCACGCAGCCUUUAGAUGAAUUAAUAGGGCCUUUUCAAAAUCCAUCAUGAAAAUUCACCAGCACAGGCACAUAAACUGCUCUCCUAGCCUUUACUGGGAGGCUAGAAAAGUAAGUACUUCCAUCCUUCACUCUCAUGUUGUGCUUCUCAGCAGUAGCUCUCCCAAGGAAAGCAGGAGAGCCUUGCCCCAGCGUAAUCAGCAGGCAGAUCUUUGUGAGGCUGAAUUAAUGGUGUCCUUGAAGCAGAUUAAUCUGCUGCUGUCCCAGAACAAACUGCCUUCCAGGAGCCACUGGCCCAGUGGCUCUUCUCUUCUGUGACAGAGCCACCUGCCUCCUAAGGUUGCCUCAGAGCAGCAAGCUCAGCUUUUUCCUUUCCUUCCAC